UUAGCAAUACACGGAGGUGGUUUUAAACAGUUUUAAUGUUACCGAUUUAAAAAGAAAAAGAUGACAGAGUUGCAUCAGGCAGCAGCUGCUGGAGAUUGUGAUUUAGUAGAAGCAAUUGUGAAAAAAAAUUCGUGUGACCCUAAUCAGAAAGACUUAGACUGGAACAAGAAGACCCCGUUGCACUGGGCAGCAUCCAAAGGCCAAACAGAGAUGGUUCGGAUAUUAAUUGAAAAUGGAGCCAGGGCUUGUUUGAGGACAGAUAAUGGCUGGACACCCGCACAUUUUGCAGCAGAGUCUGGAAAACUAGCAGUACUUCGACUCCUUCAUUCCCUGCACGCACCCGUAGACAAGGAGGAUUCCUCCGGCGAUAAACCUGUGAGGAUUGCUGAAAUCUAUGGGCAUGAAGAUUGUGUUCAUUUUCUUAAAAGGGCAGAGGUUGAGAGCAGAAACUACCGGCAAAUGGCAAAGUUAAAUGGACUGUCCUUAGACGAUACUGAUGAAGAAUGGGAACAGGAGAGAAAAGAAGCCAAAAAACAAGUAAUUAAAAAGUAG